GUUUUAGUAAACGUUAUGUUAAUAAAAGUUGUUUUAAAAAAAAAUCAAUGUUUUAAUCAAUCAAUCAAUUGAUUUGUUUUUUAAAAAAUUAAUUUAAAUGUCAUAUCACUGGACAUCCAGAUAUCCAGUCCUCCAGAAGUUGUGAUAUACAGACACCCGAAGAUUUCAUAUAAUGAUAUAAUGGACGACCAAUUGGUUACCGAUAGUAGCGAUGUUGACGUCGAUGUCGACGACGACAACGACAACAUACUCGACAUCGACAUCAAUGGCACAUCAGAUGAAGACAGCGGAUGGAUUAUGGAGUUGGAGACGGCUUUGUUGGCCGAUUGCGAUCCGAAAAUCAUCAAAAAGAUAACUAACCAGAAGUUGGUACCAAAUCAUAUGCGAUACGAGUUAUGGCAGGUAUUACUCGGUAUCAAAGGCCGUCAUAAAAUCCUGUCGGAUAUAUUUGAUUUGCCGGAACAGCCGCUCAUACGUACCGAUUGUCAACAAUUGGUCGGGAAAUUGGCCAAUACUGACGACACGGAACGUAUGGCCAUUUGUUCGGAUAUUGAAACAAUUGUUACCAAUUUUGCCAAACUAAACGAUAUGGACUAUCGUACGGAAAACGGUUGGCUGGAAGUAUUGGAACCGUUGUUGACAUUGAAACUGAAACGCGAAGAUCUGUUCAAAGUGUUUGAAUCGAUUCAAUUGAAAUUUAUACCAAAAUAUUAUAAUUGUCGUCUAAAUAGUAGUUGUAAUAAUAAUAAUAAUAAUAAUAAUAGCAAUGAUAAUAGUAGUCAACAGUCGUUUAGUUUUUUAAGACUUUUACUACAAUAUCACGAACCAGAGUUGUGCUCCUAUUUGGAUACACUUAAGAUAACACCCGAUCUCUAUGCUAAUACAUGGUUUCGUAGUCUACUGUCCUCUCAUUGUACACAUUCGGUAACACUGGCCCUAUGGGACACAUAUUUUUCAUUAGGAAAUCCAUUUCUCAUAUACUUUCUAUCACUUGUUAUGCUAGUCAACGAAAAGGAUACGAUAAUGUCGAUGCCCAUCGACAAUAAGCCGGCAAUUAUCGACUAUUUAAGUUCAGUGCCAAAAGGUUUAUGUAUGGAAGAUAUCGGUGAUAUGUUUUAUUUGGUUCAACAACACUAUGUCUCCCGGACGCCCCCAACCAUCAAAAAUCUACAGUCAUUGCUGUUUCAAGCGUCGGAACCGCUAGAAGAUAAUGAAUCACAAAUUGACGACUUAUCCCAUAUGUUGUGUCUACCGGUUCCCAUCUCCGAUCUCAUGCCCAACACCACCAACACCACUGUCACCGCCGGCGGCGCCGACAACAACAAUACUACUGUUAACUCUGUUCGCUAUUUUUGUGUCGACUGUCGACCGGCCGACCAGUACAACAACGGUCAUCUGUCGACGGCUUUCCAUUUGGACUGUAGUCUUCUUUUGGAAGAGCCGUCAGCAUUCAAUACGGCCGUCAAAGGACUGCUGGCCGCUCAGCGCCAGUCGAUUGAGGAACAGUCGGUGGCCGGCGGACAACAUCUAUGUUUUAUCGGUAGCGGUCGCGAUGAAGAAGACCAAUACGUUCAUAUGGUUGUCGCAUCAUUCCUACAGAAACAUCACCAAUACGUUAGUCUAGCUUAUGGUGGUUAUCAGCGGCUACAUGAGCUGCUAUGCCUAAUGAAUUCAAACAAUGGUUCAAACAUUGAUCGCUAUCUGAUCGAUCAUAAUCGCAAACAAUGUAUAGCCUGUAUAAGUAGUCGACAACAAUUAGCUGGCGAUAAACAAUCGCCUAUUAAUAAUAAAAACCGUCGGCUCAUUGGUGGUGGUCAACGACGGUCACUAUCGCCGACCACUGGUACAGCAAUUACCGCCGAUGUCGAACACUUUACCAGAGUUUUGUUCGACAAAGUGGCCAACGCUGUCAAACCGAAAAUGAAAGAAAUGAAAAACAAAUUUGUCGAUUAUGUAACCAAUCCUCAGCAACAGCAACAACACCAACAGCAACAGCAACAACAACAACAACGACAACAAAUGGUCAGACAUGUUAGUCCUACCGAUAAACUCGGAAAAAGAUAUAAAUCGUUUAAUCGGUUCACGAUUGACGAGUCAGACGGCUUAGACACGGAUUCAAAUGACGACGAAGAGUCUUCUUCAUCGCAAUUACAGCAAGAAAUCGAUAUCGAAAAGUGGUCUAAAAGUCCAGAUAUUAUUGGAUGUUUCAAAUGUCAAGAGAUCAAAGAUGAUGGCUAUAUGUGCGCCAGUUAUUUAGCCCUUUCGCAUACACAUCUGUAUGUACUGCGCGAACUGUCCCACAAUAAACGAUUGGUGAAAAUUAUGGCCAAACGGCCGCUUGAGAUGAUAGUCCAGAUAACAUCCAAGCGUCGGUGUCCCGAUUUGAUUACCUUCAAAUACGGCCACACUGUCGAGGGUGGCGGCGAACCGAAUGUAGUGGCCAAAGAUCAUCUAUUGAUACCCAAGCCGUACGAUGUGACCCGACUGAUCAAACAGCAAGUUGUGAAAAUAUUGGACGACAUCGGCGGCAACGGCAGUGGCAGUGGUGGCAGUGGUGGCGGUGGUAGUGGUGGUGGUGGUGGUGGCGAGUCAUCAUCGGGUAGUACCACCUCAUCGACGACCAAUAAGACAACAACAUUGAAAUAAAACCAAUCAGUCAUUUCCAGCAAACGAUGCAAUCAUUUAUUAAUUUAUUAUAUACAGUAUAUCUGUAUAUUACGGUAAUAUUAAAUAUAUGUUAUCAAUAAAUUUAAAAAAUUUAAACCAA